AGACGAGCAUUACGCGUUAGCUUCUCAUUAGUUGCUGCCUAUAUAAUAUGUUGGUUACCAUACAAUGGUUUAAGUCUUUAUCAGUUCGUUGAUCCGCAAGGUUUCGUUGAAGCUCAUGCGAAUAAGGUUUAUUGCCUUCAUAGUAUUAUGGUAUUCAAUUCAGUCAUUAAUCCUUAUCUUUAUGGUCUUUUUGGAAGUUUAAUGUUCCGAAGAACGAACUAA